ACACACACACACACACACACACACCCUGAGUCACACAAGAGGGUGCUGUAUCCAACAAAAUCAGAGGACAUUAAGCAAAGUUCAUUCAGACAAUCCUGAGGCGGCUUUAUUGGCUCAUAACACCAGGACCUUUCAAUUGGAGAACGGUGACAAUACCGAUAAUAACCCUUCAGAAGAAAAUGUUGCUGCUGAAUAAGGUUCAUGCAUGUCUCUCUGCAUUCGCUUUGCUUUUGCUGACUCAGGAGCCUGUCUCUACAUCAGAGUUUACGGACUGUGGAGAUACGGACAAUUUUCCCACAGUGGAUCCACCUGCCAAUAUUGAGAUAACAGACCCUGGCUUCCUGGGCUACAUCAGUAUCCACUGGACUCGACCGGCCAGCCUUCAGAACCUCACAGGCUGCUCAGUACGAUACCAACUCAGAUACUAUGACACCUAUGAGGAACGAUGGAGGAGUGUUCGAACUGCCAAGCUCACUUACACUGCUCAGUUUGAUCUUGAGAAACCAAUCAAGGUGAGAAUGCUCACUGUGCUGAAGUGUGCGUGCACCAAUGGGACGGAGGUCCAAGGAGAGGAGACGGAGUGGGUCUACGCACCUGAACCUACAGGUGUGGCGGGAUCACGGAUAAGAGAUUUUCACUGUGUUUACUAUGGCAAGGAGUACAUGGAAUGCACCUGGGAUUCAGGACCCGUCAUACCUCCAAAUUCACAGCACUACCUCUAUUACUGGCACAGGGAAAUGGAUGAAACAAAGGAAUGUCCAGAAUACAUCAUAUUAUCUGAGGGUCGAAGGGGAUGCCGGUUUCCUCAAAAAUCACUUUUGGAGUUCUCAAAGUUUAAUUUAUGCGUAAAUGGAUCCUCUCCAGCAGGAAAUUUGAAAACGGCUUACUUCUCUAUUGAGGUCCAAAACCAUGUAAAGCCAGAAGUGGUCUCUUCAGUGCAUGUCUCAGAGAUUGAUGGAGAGCUGAAGUUAGAUUGGUCCCCACCUAGUGGUCAGGUGCCAGAACACUGCUUGGAAUAUGAGGUGGAGAGCAGCACUACGAUGAAAAAUGGCAAGGAAAAAAAGGAAAAUACGGUUAUUCAGAAUUUAGAAGACACAUCUUAUGGUGUCCCGAAAGAGACUGAAAGUCAGAAAACCUGCUUUCGAAUCAGGUCGAAGGUGAACAUGUACUGCGCUGAUGAGGGAUUUUGGAGUGACUGGAGCCAAGCAGAGUGUACAGCAGAAGAUAAUGAAAAAACUCAGUAUCUCAGUCUGGUGGGCCUGGUGGUCAUUGGUAUUGCUGGAGUCAUCCUCCUCUGUCUUCUUAUAUGGAUAUUAAAGCAAACUUGCAUAAAAAAGAUGAACAAAAAGGAUGCCCUCUAUACUUUAUACAAGGAGAAGGUCAACGAGACUAUGCCCAAUAUCCUCAGCCCUAUUUUCAAGUGAUGCUCCCCAUGACCUGCUAAGCUGAAUUUCAAAAUUUCCAAUUACUGCAUUGCUAUUACUAGGCUGCAGUAAAAGCGCAAUACUCAUGCAGAGAAACAAACGUGAGAAGUGAGACUUCAACAACCUUAGAGUGAUCCUUACAGAACCAGUAGUCUUAGGGAACAGGUAUGUGGGGACCUAAAUGAACCACAGCACUGAUACGAAUGUAUGAACCACUUUGGUUUCCAAGACACCAUACUACUAUUUUAUGUGUUUAUGCACAUAUCAUGUGUUACUUAAAGUUACUCAAAGAUUUUUCUAAUACAAGUUAUCUUGCCAGUUUAGCAAUUAUUUUUCAAAUGCCACUGAUCUUGCCAAUUUUGCCUCGAUAUUAUCUUGAUAUUUUAGCCAGUGUUUGUUGUUCUUUUUUCUAUUUCCACGAUCUUGUUGGUUUUGCCAGUGGUUUUUCAAAUGCCAGUGAGCUUGCCAAUGAUUUUUCAAAUGCCAAUCAUCUUAAUAUUUUAGCCAAUGAAUUGUCAAAUUCCAAUGAUCUUGCAGGUUUAACCAAUGAUUUUUCAAAUGCCAGUGAUCUUGUCAGUUUUAUCUUGCUAUCGUCUUUUUUGUUACCUUACUUUGAUGUACGCAUUUUUCAGUAUUUGAGUUUAUUUUACUGCUGAUUACAUAAUGAAGAAAUCAGGAGGAACGAGUAUUCAUACACUUUGGGAAAAUGUGCAAACGUUUAUAUACAUUAUCAAAUAAAAUUUUCUUGAAUUUC